GUGACCAUGGAGCAGCUCAGAGCGACCAUGGAGCAGCUCAGAGCGACCAUGGAGCUCAGAGUGACCAUGGAGCAGCUCAGAGCGACCAUGGAGCAGCUCAGAGCGACCAUGGAGCAGCUCAGAGCGACCAUGGAGCUCAGAGUGACCAUGGAGCAGCUCAGAGCGACCAUGGAGCUCAGAGUGACCAUGGAGCUCAGAGCGACCAUGGAGCAGCUCAGAGCGACCAUGGAGCUCAGAGCGACCAUGGAGCAGCUCAGAGCGACCAUGGAGCAGCUCAGAGCGACCAUGGAGCUCAGAGCGACCAUGGAGCAGCUCAGAGUGACCAUGGAGCAGCUCAGAGCGACCAUGGAGCUCAGAGCGACCAUGGAGCAGCUCAGAGCGACCAUGGAGCAGCUCAGAGCGACCAUGGAGCUCAGAGUGACCAUGGAGCUCAGAGUGACCAUGGAGCAGCUCAGAGUGACCAUGGAGCAGCUCAGAGCGACCAUGGAGCAGCUCAGAGUGACCAUGGAGCAGCUCAGAGUGACCAUGGAGCAGCUCAGAGCGACCAUGGAGCUCAGAGUGACCAUGGAGCAGCUCAGAGCGACCAUGGAGCAGCUCAGAGCGACCAUGGAGCAGCUCAGAGCGACCAUGGAGCUCAGAGUGACCAUGGAGCAGCUCAGAGCGACCAUGGAGCAGCUCAGAGCGACCAUGGAGCUCAGAGCGACCAUGGAGCAGCUCAGAGCGACCAUGGAGCAGCUCAGAGCGACCAUGGAGCAGCUCAGAGCGACCAUGGAGCUCAGAGCGACCAUGGAGCAGCUCAGAGUGACCAUGGAGCAGCUCAGAGCGACCAUGGAACUCAGAGCGACCAUGGAGCAGCUCAGAGCGACCAUGGAGCAGCUCAGAGCGACCAUGGAGCUCAGAGUGACCAUGGAGCUCAGAGUGACCAUGGAGCAGCUCAGAGCGACCAUGGAGCAGCUCAGAGUGACCAUGGAGCAGCUCAGAGUGACCAUGGAGCAGCUCAGAGCGACCAUGGAGCUCAGAGUGACCAUGGAGCUCAGAGUGACCAUGGAGCAGCUCAGAGUGACCAUGGAGCAGCUCAGAGCGACCAUGGAGCAGCUCAGAGCGACCAUGGAGCAGCUCAGAGCGACCAUGGAGCUCAGAGUGACCAUGGAGCUCAGAGUGACCAUGGAGCAGCUCAGAGCGACCAUGGAGCUCAGAGUGACCAUGGAGCAGCUCAGAGCGACCAUGGAGCUCAGAGCGACCAUGGAGCAGCUCAGAGUGACCAUGGAGCUCAGAGUGACCAUGGAGCUCAGAGUGACCAUGGAGCAGCUCAGAGUGACCAUGGAGCUCAGAGCGACCAUGGAGCUCAGAGUGACCAUGGAGCAGCUCAGAGUGACCAUGGAGCUCAGAGUGACCAUGGAGCAGCUCAGAGUGACCACGGAGCUCAGAGUGACCAUGGAGCUCAGAGUGACCACGGAGCUCAGAGUGACCAUGGAGCAGCUCAGAGUGACCACGGAGCUCAGAGUGACCACGGAGCUCAGAGUGACCAUGGAGCAGCUCAGAGUGACCACGGAGCUCAGAGUGACCAUGGAGCUCAGAGUGACCAUGGAGCGGCUGGAUCUAAAGGGGACUUAUGGCUGCUUUGAAAAGGAACUCAUUUGUCCAUACAAAUGAACGAUGUUAUUCACAACUCAGGACGGUUGAGUUUGUCUAAGCUCUAAAAACAACAAUUUUUCAAACGCCAACAUGUCAUAGUUUCUAAGAUUGUCCAGUGGAUUUAUCUCAAAAUCAAUCAAGCAAAUGAAAACCAGAGAAAAAUGUAUAAAUGUAAAAAAUACAAUCACUCGGUGAGGUCUCAUUGAAUCAGUCAUUACAAAAAACGGAUGAUUCGAGCUCUGCAAAAGCAACCACAUGUGAUUUUAGUUUACAUUUGACACAACUGGAAGUCCUUGAUGUGUAGUUUGAGUGAUCCAGGUUUACAUGAUGUUAGAUAAAGUCAUCUCCCAACACAGGCCAAGGAUGUAUUGUUCAAUCAGAGAUUUCAUUAUAACAGCUAACUAAUAGGACUGGGUGAUAAGUCACUAUAUUCUUUAUGUUUUCAUUUGGCAGCGAUGUUGUUCAGACCGGUGCUCAUUUUAUUAGCAGGAUGAGAUUUCUGAUGAGUAAUCAUCAGUCAAGAGGAAAUAUAGACUAAGUGAUAACCAAUAAAACAACACUUUACUGUCACGCAGCCUUUCAACUAAAGACAAUCUUUUACUUUUUUACAAUACAAUAUAAGACGAUAUCAGGGUUUGACUAUGAUAUGGAUAUUUUCUAUUGUGUUUUGUACCUCAGCUCCAUAAUCUCACUUUAGAACUAUGCUCCAUGUCAAGGUUCAUAGUGAUGAUAUCUGUAGUUUUUAAAAGGUUUCAUAAAACAUCAAUAUACUAACUAAAUGCUGAUUGGCCAGUCUGAAAUUCUAACUGUGAAAUUAAACUAUUAAUGCUUUUAAUAAUGAAGAGGUGCUGAAGGCACUUGAAAACCUCUUAAGGAUUGUCUCUAAUGAAAUCUCCUGUUUGACCUUGAUGCAAUCUGUUGGAAUUAUUUUAACUUGUUUUAUAUCUUAUAUUUUUUGAUUUAGUCAUUACUGUAAAGCUUCUUCUAACCAAUCGGGUUGGAAGAAGUGAAAGCCCCAGUGUUGUUAAAUCAUUGAAGUGAUCAUGAAGAGGUAACAGUGAUGGUGCUAAAGCCAACGGAGUAAUAUGUCAUUACAGUCUUGUGCAAUGUGUUCUUUUAACAAUCGGCACAAUGACAUCUUCCAAUCACAAACAGCAAACAGUGACUCAGCUCAAAAUAAAGUGAGAUAUGCUGUUAGUGACUGCAUAAUAGAAUGAAACCAACAUGUGAAUAAAUGUGCUGUGCUGUGGAAAGACCCCGCUCAGACAGGAAGUCCCCCUGCAGCUGGGGCCAGAGCUUCUGUUUCUAACCUCUGCAUCAUCAUCUUUUAUACGUUUCAGCUUCUUCACCACAAAUUACAAACACUUCCUGCUGAGGAACAUCUUCCAAAGAAUUACAGAGAAUUCUUUAAUAGGCAGUAUGAAACUUUGUGACAAGCGUUGGCAUUGUGUUGCACCGGAGUGCAAAUGAUGUUAAAGGGUUACAGUGGCUGCCAUGCUUAAAGCUGAGUCAGCACAAUAUCAGCUGUACAGGAGCAUUUCAAUCAUCCACAUCACUUCACACCAUACACAAUAUGUCAAUAGGGUUUUUCUUUUUUACAUAAUUCAGUUUACUUUGGCAAUGAAAUAUUGUUUACAGAACUGCCGACCAUUUUCCAAAGCUCUGUGCAGAACACACAUCACUUCUGUGAAGGCUUGUUUUCUUUAUCACUGGAAGUUAACAUUGGGCGGUGAUUACAUAUCAAAUUGUGAAGCAAAUAUGUUGUUGUUAAAUGUUUCUGGAAUAAACAAGCCAUUUAAUAAAGAAAAUGUCUAAAACGUUACCCUACAUUCUUACUAAAUGAUAAAUAAAUAAAUUAAGAAACAAAAAUGGUCAAUGGAGCUGAACUGAUUCCUACGGAGGAGGAUAAGAGCCACAUGAGAAGCGGUUUUGGGAUGUGACUAAAAGUUAAAAAAUGUGGAAUUGUUAAAAAAUUCUCAAACGAGUUUUUUUCUCAGAUUUCUAAAUUUAAUCUCAGAAUUUAGACUUUUCUCUGAUGUGGCCAAAGUUAAAAACACAUUUGAAUUAUGACUUUUAUCUC